AUGCCAUCACGACUCGGUGACGAGGGUCACCUGGACGCCACGUCUAGGGGCGAGGUAUUCCUCUGCCGUGGGUGUGACUACGAGUGGUACAAGGACGAGCAUGGGGAGUCGCUGACCUGCCCGAUGUGCCAUGGAGAUGCGACGGAGAUUGUCGAUCUGCGGAACGAUGCCAGGCCCAUGAACCACCCGGAUCAAGACCAGGCCGAUAUAGGCGACUAUCUUGGAUAUUAUGCCCGGGGCAACAUUUUCCGCGGCUCCGUUCGCUUCCCACCCCCACCUGUUGGUCAACAACCGCAGAGAAGGAAUCCAGGCGAUGGUGGGGACAUCAUCGGGAGUUUCACAGAACUGCUGCGCGAUAUCGGUGGCCCUGGUGGUGCUGGGGCUUCUGCAGCGCUAUCAGGACAACAAAUUGGUGGAUCACGCCGUCUCAGAUAUCAGGUCUUCUCGGAGCCAGAAUUCACAGGUGGAAUCAACAAUGCCACAGCACGUGGGGACAACGUACAGGAGCCAGGUUCUUUGGCUGGGGAUGAUGCCGAGUUUCAGCGAGUGUUCAGGGACAUCUUCCGCGGCCUCGCGUUAGAUCACGACGGACAAGAUGACGAGCACAUGAGAGCAAACGCUGGAAGACAUAACUGGCUCCUUGAUAUGACCAGAGCCCUGACCGACCUCUUUAACAACCUGCCCAGUCCUUAUAGCAUCGAUGGCGACGGGGCAUACACCGACGAGGAAUUCGAUCGCCUCACGAGGAACAUGGGAGAAUUAAACCUUCUAUCCAGCGCCUCAGCUGCCGCAUUUACAGAAACGAUAGAGUCGCUGACGAGAAAGCCGCUCGACGAGGCGACCCUUGGUUCAGAGCAUAAGGGUACCUGCACAAUCUGUCAAGAUGACAUGAAGAUCGGCGCUAUGGCGACGUUCAUGCCAUGCAAACACUGGUUCCACGAGGAACUUAUCCGCGGUGUUUGCGAAGGAACUUGCUAG